AUUCGCGUUGACGUACGGUUUGUUGAUUGUGUGAUUCUUUUCGGUUCGUUUUUUCGCCACGGGUUCCUCGGGAACAUCUCGCCUGUGGAGAGUACCGCAAUUAUCCCAGCCUGUGUGUUAUAUUUGUUUUGUUUUUAUUUUUCUUAUAUUUAUUUUUCCUAGUUUUUCGGUGAUUUUUGUUCUAUGUUGGUGUGUGUUGGUGGUUUAUUUUUCUAAUUCGGCCCCGCGAAGUGCUUUUCGUGGUUCUAAUUGUUUGCGGCGGUGGAAAUCGAACCCGAUCGGGCAACGUGUGCGCGCAGUUUCGGUUUUGGUCGGCGGUUCCGACUCGAAGGCGAUUCCUUUUCGAGUUAUGUUUUUGGGGGGCAAUUCUCCGUUUCCGUUUGCCUCGCACAAAACGCCCCCCUCAGAAUCGAGGCAACAGUUUGAAAGUUUGCGUACACACUGAUGAAGGCAAAACAACUAUGAAAACUAUGACAAUUUGAAGGCUUCUGACAGCAGCACAGAGAGGAAAUCAAUUUAUUGUGCUCGAAAGCGGUCAACUGGAAACGAAACAAAGUCAAAAUCGGAUUCAGUUCCCGGAAAAUUAUCGAACCCAUGUCAGGAUGGGACCCAAAGAAUUGGAUUAUUAUCCCCGCGUGGAGUUCUGGUGCAGAUUAAUUUAAUAACCCAAAACUAUGGAUUACGGCUCAGAUCUUGGUUUCAAUCCAUCCACUAGACAGUAGCUGAACGCGCACUGUGUGUUUAGAAAGUGAGUUUAGUGCACGACGCCAACAUUUACAAAGAAAGAAAACGCAAGAAAAAAACACAUGCAAAUUUUGCGAAAAGAGAAAUAUGAUGAUUACCAUUGAAUCAGUGAGUUAGUGAAUAUUCUUCUUUCAUGUUUAUUCGUUUUAUUGACCAAACCGUGCAUUGAAGGAGAAGCUAAUGAAAAAUUCAGAAAAAGCAUAAAUAAGCAUCUGAAGCUGGAAAGUCCAUAAGUGUUCGGGAUCGGGAUUGUGUUUUAAUUGUAUCGUCAUUUAUCACGGUUGACGAGAGAUAGAAAAAGUAAGCAAAAUGUUGGUGCAACCCACGGAUUGGGAAGUGAUGGAUGCUGCAUCCGCGUGUACACACACUCGCUUAUAUCCGGUGAGAAAAGAUUUGCAGAAGUGAGUGAACGACACGACCCAAAGAGAACGCGUGAGACGUUCUUGCCACAUUGAAGUGAAUGAAAAAUUACCGGCAAUUAACCGACAAAGUUUUGGCUUGAAACCGCAGUGAGUGGGCAGGAGUGAGAGUGGAGAAAAAUAUUCGGAAAAUCGUAACACGGAGGUGAGAAUGAAGUAAAACAAAGCCGCGUUCGGUGUGACACACAUUUUAUUGAAGACAACAAACAAAAAGGAAGAUCUCAGCUUGGAUUACCGCCAUUUCUUUCGGAUCAUCAACGUUGACAACCCGCGUCGGACAGCCCGAUAAAAGCGGCUGCUAUCGGUUCGUUCGACAACGAUCCUCAAGACUUCCGAAUGACACACCGAAUCUAGAUAUGUUGGUAUUUUUCAAGAAACAUUAACCAUAACCUUGUCACCAGAAAAUACACCGUUUCCGUUGAAGCAGACUUUCUGCCAACGCACACGCUACUCGGACCUGCCCGAAAAACACCAACCAACAGCCAACGGCCUUUUUCCCGUUCACAAACCUCGCCGCCUGUUGUCACCCUGUUGGGACAAAAAUGUUGUGGAUCCUAAGCCCACCGAUUCAGCAGCAAGGACAUUUUCGAAUAAUAGUAAAGUGUGUUCGUCUCGCAAGAUCACUCACCGGUAACCACCGAACCAAGAGGAGAAUUUUCAGUUCCACCCGGGGGGAUACCACUGCAAGCAAUACGAUGGCCGGGAACCGCUAGAUUACCAUUCGGGACAAGAUUCAUUGCUCGCGUAGAAACCACUGUGAUAGUUAAGGCUAGAACAGAGAUUACCAAUGGGUUAGACAGUAAGCAUACCGUCCGUGUUCAUUUUUUACGUUUCGGCCAAAGCAGUUCAAAAUUAAGUAAACCAAACAGGAAUAAGAAGUGCCUAUAAAAUUACAUGUAUAGAAGGAAAUCUGAAAGCUAUUGAAUUUGUGCAAACUUGAUGUGUUCAAAAUAUUUCGUAUUUUUACAACCGUGUACUGGUCGGGAUCACUUUUAUGGAAUAGCUGAGCAAGAGCGCUAUAAAAUAUAGCGUAGAUUCCAACCCCGAUAUACUUGGUAACAUAACGUAUAGCGUUUGCGAACGCAAGGAGAAUUUUAUAGUAAAGCUUAGACUAACCAAUUUAUACCAUACGAUUCUAAACACCGAAAGUGUAUUCGCUAGGACUCGGGGAAGCUAGGGUUCGCGAAACCGAAUUUACAUUGGAUCGAGGGCUCAGUGUACAACGGACAGCAAAUAAGAAAAUUUUGAUCAGAAGAACGUUUCUACGCUGGCGUUAGCAAGUUUACGAGGUGGCUCUGCCAUCGGGGCGAUGCCAUUCAUCGAUGACGAGUUGCUGUGGUCCCCGGACAACGAUGGACGUAUGGUUGAUCUCCAAGCCUGUCUUCAGGACCAUAAUAAUGGAGUCAAUCAGCAGUCAGACAUCGGUGGCAACGGCUGUGAUUUGAACAAUCUGGAAGAAACGCUCUGCAACGAUUCGGACGAGCUGCUGCGGCAGCUGACGGAGAAUACAUUCGAGCUAGAGCAAUUUUUCCAGGAUUUUCCAGCGACGGAGAUUAAAGUUGAGGAAAACAAUAAUGACUUGCACCUCGACGAGGAAACUAGCGGGCAAAUCUUCCUGCAGAGCUGCUCGCAAAUUCUGUCGUCGGCCGCAGCAGUCGCUGUGGCAAAUUCCCAGCUCAAUGCACUGGCUUGCGAUGUUGGACUCGGCGAGGGCCCUAGCGGUGCCCUCGUGCUUGCCAAUGGAGCCAACAUGCUCGCUCAGAACGGUGGCACAGGAAGUGCCGAGAAUCAGCUGCAGGAACAGUUGUUCCUUGCGCAAGCUCAAGAGCUGCUACAGCAGCAACAGAAUCGGUUUCAGCAGCUCGCCACCAAUACACUGCUAGCAGAGAAACUGCUGCAAAAUCAAACCACGCUUACCGCACUGGAUGGAUCGGGAUCGGUUGCAACGGUGAAUUCCUCAUCGGUUGGCGGCCUGGCCGGAUCCUCGCAGCUACUUGGACGAGCCGGAAAGCCACCGGACAUUGUUAUCAAAGUAUUGUCUCAAAGGAAUGGCACCUCUACGCAUCGUUCGUACAACGUAAACCAAGCGCCAAACAAGCGUUCGCCAUAGCAUGCAUACAGAGCCAUACAUUGGUGGCUUGAAACUACUAGGAAUAUAAACACUUCUCAUCAUAGUGCGCAAUUCUCAAAAGAAACGCUUCUGUUAAUAUUACUGGCCUCGAAAAAAGUUGCAUUACUUUCUCAUGCUCGAGAGAAGCGCAGCUAUCACCCUUAGUGGAGGAAGUUUUGCUACUGGCAAGCGAAACCUAAUCACAUACAAAA